CUGAUCCGAUUCAAACCAAAACCCUUGGGCCUUCUCAUUUCUUUCCGCCAUCUCAAAACCAAAACCCCGCCGGCGGCAAGCUCGUCUUCGUCAGCGGUUCGCUCCAGCUAGCCGACGAGCAGCACCAACUCAAGUUCAGCCAGGUAUCUGACGCUAUUGUUCUUUGAUUUCGGUUGCUUUUUGAGGUUUUAUUUUGAUCUGGUGCUUGCGGCAGUAGUUCUCGCCCUAGAUCUAGCGUUUAGUUAACUGUUUAUUUACGAUAAUUGAGUCCGACCGACCUCGUCGACGUCAACGUCACCUGCCUCGACGCUUGCUUAAGCUCCAACGAUCACCGUCCCUCUGAAGCUCGAUCAUUUUUUCGAACCUGAUCAUCGGGCAUCUCGUUGCGCAUCGUUAGAACGAUGGAGGUCGAUCGAUUGGACGGCAGAAACCCUAAUCAGCUGAGACCUCUGGCUUGCUCUCGCAAUGUCCUUCACCGAGCUCAUGGUUCAGCUCGUUGGUCUCAAGGGGAUACGAUUGUAUUGGCUGCUGUGUAUGGGCCCAAAGCCGGGACGAGAAAGGGAGAGAACCCUGAGAAAGCAUCCAUUGAAGUUAUUUGGAAACCCAAAACUGGGCAGAUGGAGUGUGAGAUGAUCCUAAAGAGAACUUUGCAGAGCAUAUGCCUUUUGAGUAUUCAUCCAAAUACGACGACUUCAGUCAUUGUUCAGGUCGUUGGUGAUGAUGGCGCUCUCUUGCCAUGUGCUAUAAAUGCAUCCUGUGCUGCACUUGUAGAUGCUGGCAUUCCUUUGAAGCAUCUUGCUGUUGCAAUCAGUUGCGCUUUGGCUGAGAAUGGAUCUGUAAUUUUGGAUCCCACCCUUGUAGAAGAGCAGAAAAUGCUGGCCAUUGCACAUUUGGCAUUCCCAAAUCCACCUCUGUCGGUUAUUCCUAAAAGUUCAGCUUCUGAUGAAGUGCAGCCUAUCGAACAUGGAAUAAUAACAUCUGUUACCCAUGGGGCAAUGUCUGUCCGGGAUUACUUCAACUGCCUGGAGCGUGGUCGUGCUGCUAGUGCUAAGGUCUCAGAGUUUCUUAGGAGAAGCUUUCAGUUACAAGUAUCUGAAGAUUCUUCAAAAGCUAUAUAAGUUCUGAUAAAUGGAAAUAAAAGAACUACAGGGACGUUAGUCUGUGCAUCGGCCAGAAGACUGCGGCACUAACUACAGUUUUAUCAAUCCAUUUUGGAAGUGUGAUUAUGUGGAGUCACAGAUGAGUCACUUUCACCUCUUUCUAUAUGCUUUCCUUUUUAUAACUCUAUUGUGGAGCUUCAGUAAUUUUGUUAUAUGUUAAUUCUGUCACUGCUGUAACGUGUUUUGUGAUUUUAGUCCCAAAUGGCAUGAUGCAUUUGCUAAAGUUUUCUUUGGACAGGAUUGGUUUAUGAAUUUAGGGUAUGCUAGUUUUCUGCCUUGACGCACCAGCGACAAUAACUACAGUUUGAGUUUAAUUUUGGAGUGAGUGCAGAUAUAUUAUGCUUAAAAAUGGGAUGAUCCAUAAUUAUUUGUUAGAAUGUAAAAAUAUAACUCUCAAUCUUUGUCACA